AUGUCAGACGCAACAGCUGUUUAUUUAAACCUGGGUGACAUGAUUGACUUGGCAAUCGGCACCCCUGAGAUUGGAGUGGUGGACUUCUGCAUGCUCCAAACAGUUCUGCAUUGCCUUGCACAGCAGUUACGUGUGCUUGGAAAGAAUGUCGAGUUGCGUGGUAGCGUCGCAGCCCUUCCUCUCGGGAGGGAAAAUUCACAAACUAUUGCUGUCAGCGAGUUUCUUGUUGACACAGAUAAGGAUACACAAGAAAAAACUGUUAAGGAGGAAGUGCUUCCUCCAUCGGAACCAGAAACUAUUUUAGUCGUGGAACGUGUAAAAAAAGUGGACUCACCUUCUCGGAGCCCACCUCGCACUCAUUCGCCUCCACCAAGCGCACCCUCUCCGGGUCCUCAAAGGAUGCUAUCAACAGAAAAGCUAUCCCUCGUAACCAUGAGUAAAUUCAACCUGUUAGAAACCACGGUUGAGGACCUGAAGAGUCGUGUAUACGGGAGCAUGCCUAAGAAUGAGGAAAUUUUGGAAGAAGUUCGGUCACAAACGAAUCUCAAAGCCAUAACUGAUAUGUGGACAUCGCUCAAUGUGUCUUCCCGAUUGGAAGCAGCUGAGGCGGGGAUAGCGAAACUUAGUUCGUUGGUUCAGGACAUUAUAUCUGAUACAGCUGGACUCCAAGAUGCUAUUAACGCCCGUAAAGUGUCUAGAGAACCUCAAAUACAAACCAUUGUUGCGCCUCCUCCGCCAAUUGAUAACGUUGCAUCGAAAGACGAUCUUGCGACGCUUCAACAACGGUUAGCAAAGAUGAAAACAGAUCUCGACAAUUUGGCGAAUUCCUUCAAUACUGCUAUGGCUGACUUACAAGCGGGAUUAGCUAUGCAACCACCGCCUGCACCCCCGCCUGCACCCUUGCCUGCACCCUCGCCAGAACCUCCUCCUCCAGUCCGACGAGUAACAGACCCGCCUCGUCAAUCAUUCUCACAACUCACAGCUGGACUGAUGGAAAGACUGAACGAUUUGGAAAAGCGACUGCAAGAGUGUUGUGAUACUCUCGGGAAGAAAGAUGGUGUCCUUCAAGAUCAGAUAAACUCGUUCCAAGAUCAAAUCGAAUAUUUAUCAAAGCAAAUAGCUGCAUUAACGCGCAGUCAAGAAUCAAAUGCUCUGUCCCCGGAUUUGUUCAAAAACAUACAAGGUUUGAUGUCACUGUUCCAAACGGUACAAGAAAUGCAAGAACAAUUGAAGCAAGUCCACGAGACAGCUUUGCAGCUAGCUUCUGAAAAAGAAGAUAGACUACACAAUAUGAAUGCACUAUUAGAGCAAAUAGAAUUGCUUAAAACCAUUAAACUGGACCGAGAAGACAUGGUAGAAGCGAUGGCGGAUAAGGCGGACCUGCGUAUGCUCGCGCGCAAAGUUUCACGCGACCAAUUCGAGCUCGCGUGUGAUGAUCUAUCUCGUGGGUUGGAGCACGCACUUGGAAAACUUACUUUGCAGGAAUCAUUAUGGCAACAAGCUCUGGACGACAUCCAACGUGAAAUCGAGAUGAAACUAGAUAAGAUGGAACUGUCACCAGUGAAAGACUUCUUCAACAACAAACUAAGACAACUUCAAGAAAAUCUCAAACAAAUGGCUGCGUUACGAAGAGAGGCUGAGGCAGCAGGCACCAAGAGAAAAUUGUUGAGAGACGUAAACUGCAUAUCAUGUGAUGCAAGAGCCGUUAUGGCGAUGGAGGCCGCCUCCAAUGUGCCAGUCAGCAAACCAAUGCCAGCCAAUCUUUCCAUGAAACCGUAUUUAAGCUAUGAACUAGACGCAAUUCGCAAGACCCAAGCCACCAACCUACCACAACGGAAUAUGAGAGAUUGGGAGAAUAUCGAAAAACAAAUGGACCAAAAGAAAGUCCCGCCCAAACCUAAAUCGGAAUCGGACAAACAUCUAUGUAACCGAUAUUGCGGUGGUUCGCACACAACAACGACAGCUGCUCAACGCGUGGCACGUCUUGGGCACUUUAUGAAGCAGUGGGGACCAGAUGUAGUGCCACUGACUUCUGGUCUGGCUGCUGGGGACGAUGGAAGGAUGUACAAAGUUGCUACUGGCGAAGGAGCAAAUGUAGGACCAGGUGGAGCAAUAGACGCCACUUGUACCCCAAGGAUGAAGAAGCUAGACCCGUCAACGCCUAAGUCGCCACAGAAGCCAGCUAAUGUCAAUCCCGAAUGCCGCUGUCUCGAAGGAGAUCGUGGCGCUAAGGGAUGA